AUGGAGAACAACAAGUCACCAAAGCUUAGGGCUUCUUUUGAGAAGAAACUAGCAGCAACAGAAAUGCAGAAUAACGGUAGUUACACUGAUCCUAUAGCGCUGCGGAAGGCUAAGCGGUUUAAGGUUACAGCGGCGAGUGAGUCUGCAUCUGAUUCUUGCAUCAGAUCAAGAAGGGUGCAGAGGAACAAGAAUCUUCCAUCUUCUGAAGCUAAGGUUGAGUUGUUUCCUGGAGAGCACUUGAAAUCCUUUAGUGAAAAGCUUUUUGGGGUAAACGAGGGAGCUGAAUAUCAUAGUGUUAACAUUCAGGAGCAAAUGCCGGAGAACAGAAGCGAGCUAGAUAUGGCUGAGGCAGUGGAGGUUGAGCCUGUGAGCAUUUCCUUGCAAGAAGAAGAUGAAACUUUUGUUUCUGCAUCAAAAGAAGUUGUCAUGGGAUCUGUUUGCGGGGAGAGCACCGUUGGGACAAAGCAGGUUCGCGGAACAAGUGUUACUAUAGUGAGAGACUGCUCUCCAUAUACAGGGAUCAAGUAUUCAAAGAGGGGAAAGACCGUGGAGAAGAAGAAGUCGGAUUGUGGAGACCAUUUAGGUCAAUCUCUUGGUAAAAGCAUAUCACCAGAAGAGGUUUUGGAGCCAUUGGAACUUGACAAGUCAGAGGUUAAAGCUCCAAGGAAAGGGAAAGCAAUGCUUCCCAAGGAGAUGAAUGGUGAAGGAUCUAAGACGAAGAAUAGUGGUUCAAAUGUCGAGCUUCCUCUUUCGCGUCCUAAUGGUUCAAGCAGAGGGGAUAGUGCUAGGUCCAAAGUCAAGGAAACUCUACGUCUUUUCUAUGGAGCUUGCAGAAAGAUUUUGCAGGAGGAAGAAGCGAGGCCUACGAAAAUAAAAGGUGGCAUGUUCAGAGUGGCCGUUGAGGCUUCCAAGAUCAUCAAGAGCCAAGGGAAAUAUCUCAACGUUGAUACUAGGAUUAUUGGAUCUGUCCCUGGCGUUGAGGUUGGAGAUGAGUUUCAAUACAGAAUUGAGCUGAACUUUCUUGGUAUACAUAGACAAAUCCAAGCCGGUAUCGAUUCUACAAUAGACGAAAACGGAGAUAAAGUUGCUACGAGUAUUGUAUCCUCUGGAGGUUAUGAUGACGACCUCGAUAACUCGGAUGUCUUGAUCUACACAGGCCAAGGCGGAAAUGCGAUGAUAGGAAAGAAAACUGGUGAACCUAAAGACCAAGAGCUUGUAAGGGGAAACUUGGCGUUGGCUAACAGUAAAGACAAGAAGAACCCUGUGCGGGUCAUCAGAGGCAACAAAGUGACGCCUUUAGGAUCACCAACGGAAUCAAAGAACUAUGUUUACGAUGGUUUGUAUCUGGUGGAAGAGUUCUGGCAAGAAACUGGCUCUCACGGCAAGAUGGUCUUCAAGUUCAGACUGCGGCGUAUCCCUGGACAACCGGAGCUUUCUUGGAAAGUGCUCAAGAUAAGAAAGAAGAUAUCAAAGUCACGGGAAGGUCUCUGCGAUGAUGAUAUCUCGAAAGGGAAAGAGAGGUUUCCUAUUUGCGCUGUGAACGAGAUCGACGACGAGAAACCGCCUCUGUUCACCUACACGGUUGAUAUGAUAUAUCCGGAUUGGUGCAAGCCAAUUCCUCCAAAGGGCUGCGGUUGCAAGAGCCGCUGCUCCGAGUCGAAGUCAUGUGCCUGCAUUGCAAAGAACGGUGGAGAGUUACCAUACAAUCACGAUGGAGCCAUUGUGAACGCAAAGCCCUUGGUUUACGAGUGUGGUCCACUCUGCAAAUGCCCGCCUUCUUGCUACCUCCGACCCACACAGCGUGGGAUCAAGUUCCAGCUGGAGAUCUUCAAGACCGAGUCGAGAGGAUGGGGAGUGAGAUCCUUAAACUCGAUUCCUUGCGGGAGCUUCAUCUGUGAGUAUGCAGGAGAGCUUCUUGACGAAAACGAAGCUGAGAGACUUGCCGGGAAUGAUGAGUAUCUGUUUGACGUUGGGAAAGAUCGUGAGACGAGCGGUUUCACCAUAGACGCUGCGAGGAAAGGGAACAUUGGGAGGUUUAUAAACCACAGCUGCUCGCCGAAUCUGUACGCACAGGACGUGAUCUACGACCAUGAUGAUGAAACGAGAAUCCCUCACGUGAUGUUCUUCGCGCAGGACAAUAUACCUCCGCUUGUGGAGCUCUCCUACUUUUACAACUAUACGAUCGAUCAGGUACGCGACGCUAACGGUAAUAUCAGGAAGAAGAAUUGCUAUUGUGGCUCCUCUGAGUGCAGUGGGAGGAUGUACUGA